AUAUGUAGUACAACAAAUUAGCCAGGAGGAGAGCGGUGUGGCAGAGUGAAAACCCCCUAAAAGACUAGAUUACGCGCUUAAGAAAAAACCCAUCCUGGCCGGUAAGAGACGCUCCAAACACUGAGCUGAGAUGAGUGAUGUGAGCGAAGAGUCGCUGCUGGAUUAUUUCUACUCGGCCGGGGGCGACUCAGGCAGAGUCAAAAAUGCAGAUAUACUGAGGACAUUUAAGCCUUUUAUUGGGCACAGUGACUUGCAGUUACGUGCCAAAUACCGAGAGGAAUUCAAGCUAAUCAUUGACCGAAUCGCUGUGGUGAAGUCUGAGAAUGGUGAGAAAUAUCUUAUCCUCAAGAAGAAAUACAGGAACUUGGUGCAAGAGCGAGAGGCCAAGCAUCUUAGGCCAGAUGGAGACCGACAGAGACAUCUGAGUCCAGCGAGAACAACAACAACCUCAGUGCAGUGGGAAGUGACAGAUGCCCCGACAUCUACUCAUCAUGAGAAGGAGGAACAAGAUGUGCCAAUGUCAUGUGGAGAGGCUGACGCCACAGCAGAGGACCAGCGAAAAGGUGCAGACCCUGUGCACCACUCUCCACGGCCACCUCCUGCCAUCCAGAUCCAUGAAGCCCCAGAGCAAAGCAACGCAGAGGAUGAGCUGGACAGAGAUUCUGGGUCAAAGUCUGAGUCGGAGCAAGACGAGGAGGGUACAGGCAGUAUGGGCUCUGCUUCUGUCGCUCUGGAUCCUUUAGAGAAGGAGUGGAUCUAUUCUGCUGCCGGUGCUCGAGUCCCUGACCUCUCUCAGCUGCUCAGACAGGACCGCGCACUGGCAAACAAGAAGGAUUUCACUUCAGGUUUUACAGCUCUGCACUGGGCUGCCAAACAUGGCAAUGAGGAAAUGGCCACACUCGUGGUUAAUGCCGGUGGCGAUGUCAACAUUAAAUCACACGGGGGAUACACACCUUUACACAUCGCAGCGUUACAUGGACAUCGGCACAUUCUUGACCUGCUCGUAGGGACAUACGGGGCUAAAGAAAACUUGCGAGACUACAGUGGUCAUCUUGCCUGCCAUUAUCUUAACAUCAAAGAAGCAGAAGGUCCAGAUGAAGACUGUGAGCUACAGUUUCAAGUAACUCAGGCCAGGGAGCGGAACAAGAACAGGAAGUUGGCAUCGUUGUUUCACUCCAAGAAGAAGUGGGGGUCAGCAGAGGAGCUGGCUCCGAUAGAGGAGGAGAGGACAGCGUCACAUCAGCUCGCACUUCCUGCUUUUAGACCCAGAAAAUUCUCCCGCUGAGGGAAAACAAACUCCAAGUAUUAAUGUGUAUAUUUAUUAUAUGUACACACACACACACACACACACACACACACACACACACACAGGAUUCACACCUGUGCUUACAGAUCCAAUCAAAUGUUUGCCACCUAAACAAAAUUAGAGAAACCAGGUAUACUUGUUCAUGCAUAUAAUCCAUAUUUUUCCUCACAGCUUGUUUAAAUAUUUUUUUGAAUUUUUAAUUUUGUUGAUCAAUGUUCUUCAGUGUUACUUAAAGUGACACAUGCCUUACAGGUUUUCCUUAACCUGAUGGUCAAGCUAGUGAUUUUCUCUAUUUUUCUUGUUUUAUUGUUUACAAAUUCAAUGAAAAGACCAAAAAUGAUAACGUCUUAGUCUCCCUCUCUAUACUUGUUCAGCCUUUCAGUGGUUUUCAGAUCUCUAACUUUUAAAAAAUUGCUCAAGAAUGCACAUUUUUAAGAGUGACCACCGAAUCAAAACUUUGUAUUAUUGGAGAGUAUUUUUAGUCGUACAUCGGCUGGCUUAGUAAGAAUUUAGGGAUUAAAAUAAACUACAGUUUUAACGAUAAAUAAUACACCACACUGAUCUGUAGUUGGUAGGGUUUUAAGCAAUGGCUGAGCAUUCUGGCACAGAAAAAAAAAGUCUGACUUUAAGUUGAGCGAUAAUACUUCUCAUUUCCAUAUAUACAAAUAAAAGUUACCAGACUUGGCCCUUAAAAGGAUCAUUUAAUGUCUUUUGUAUGUUUCGGUCCUUUAAAUGCACCAUAACUUAAGCUGAACAUUGCAGUUAAACUGAUUUCCUUCAGUCCUUGACAGCAGCUAACGUUAAUUAUGUGGUAAAAGUAUUAUUUAAAACUUAACACUCUUAAGGGAAUGUACAGAACAGUGCCUCACUGCAAAUAUAAUUCACAAAAACACUAAAUUUAGCAUUUAACCAUUUCAUUUCACUCUGCUUCUUUAAAAAAAACUUUGCUCAUUGCCCUCCUUUCAACAAAAAUAAAAUACUAAACCUUCCCUCUUUUUCUCGCGCUCCUCCUCCUCCACCAGCUCACACUCAAAUACAGAGUCUAUAACACGACUUUAUAAAUGAGCAGCUGGAAAAUUCACCCAGUAAUGAGAUAAUGCAAUCAAAACAAGGAUAAAUAUUUGUUGUGUCUAAGCUGUCUAAAGCAGGUUUCUUACAAAUGACUUUUCAGACAGCACUGAAGAUUAGUUUCUUGAGUAAAUGAAUAAGCAUUUGCCUGUUUGCAUAAUAUUUGGCAGCUGUGCUUCUAAUUUGUAGUAACUGGGCUAAACAUACAAAACUAUUAUUUUUUUCUUUUUAGAUCUUGAGAUUUAGUGCAAAGCAGUAUUAGCAUUUUUGCAAGCCUAUAUCUCUGCUGUGCCCCUGCUGGUUACUCUCAGGUUAGAAUAACUGUGUAUCUGACGUGAGGCAGUUUUUCUUAGUUUGGUGGUAAAAUAACUCUGAGCACAGAUGAAGUGACUCUGUUACUCGAUGAAGGAUUGUUAGGGAAACAAAAAGUGGUGUUUGCUGAUUGUACUUGAUUUGCUCACCAGCUGUUUAUCAAAAUGCCUGGUAACUUUUUUUUAAAAUGCGUUGUUACAUUGUGUUCUAAAGAUUUUGCCAGCUGCUUUUAAUGCUUUAAAAGUGACAUAUUCAUUACUUUUAUGUUGUUGGCAAAGAUUCUCAUUUUGUGUCAUUUAUUUUUAAUCUAAUUCUAGCCUCAGUUACAUUUUUGCACAUUAUUUAUAUAAUGAAGAUAUUUUGUAAUUAAACUGCCUUUUAUAUGAA